AUGAGUGAUGGAGGGUGGAUCUCGCUCAGCCCCACCGAGUUUGCCCAGCUCCAACAGUACACGGACUACUCCACCAAGAAGCUCAAGGAUGUCCUGGAGGAAUUCCAUGGGGAUGGUGUCCUCUCCAAGUACAACCCCGAGCAGCCCAUUGACUAUGAGGGCUUUCGUCUCUUCAUGAGGACCUACCUGGAGGCAGAUGUGCCUGAGGAGCUUUGCCAACACCUCUUCACCUCCUUCAAGAGGAAGAUUUGCCAGGCCUCCCCGGACACCCAGAGUGUGGAGAAGAGGUUGCCCUUCAGCCUGAGGAAGAGUUCCCAGCAGGCAGCCCCCCCACUGCCCCCUGCCCCCUUGGCUCAGGUGGUCCACCUGAAGGACAUUGUCUGCUACCUGUCCCUGCUGGAGAGGGGCCGGGCAGAGGACAAGCUGGAGUUUAUGUUUCGCCUCUACGACACUGAUGGGAACGGCCUCCUGGACAGCUCGGAGCUGGAUCGUAUCAUCAACCAGAUGGUGCACGUGGCUGAGUACCUGGAGUGGGACUCCACUGAGCUGAAACCCAUCCUGAAGGCGAUGAUGGAGGAGAUCGACUACGACCACGAUGGGACUGUCACCCUGGAGGAGUGGAUCCGGGGGGGCAUGACCACUAUCCCCUUGCUGGUCCUGCUGGGGAUGGAAACGAAUGUGAAGGAUGAUGGACAACAUGCCUGGAGGCUGAAGCACUUUAAGAAACCUGCCUACUGCAACUUCUGCCGCACCAUGCUCCUGGGGGUCCGCAAGCAGGGCCUCUGCUGCUCCUUCUGCAAGUACACGGUCCACGAGAGGUGUGUGUCCAAGGAGAUCGCCUCCUGCAUCAGCACCUACGUGAAAUCCAAGAGGAACACCAGCGUGAUGCAGCACACCUGGAUUGAGGGCAACUCCCCCAUCAAGUGUGACAGAUGCCACAAGAGCAUCAAGUGCUACCAGGGCAUCACUGGCCUGCACUGUGUCUGGUGCCAAGUCACCCUCCACAACAAAUGUGCCUCCCACGUGAAGCCCGAGUGCGACGGGGGCCCCUUGCGGGACCACAUCCUGCUGCCUUCCUACAUCUGCCCUGUUGUCCUGGUAACAUCACCCUGCACACCCACACCUCUGUUCCCAAAGGACAGGCAGUCCCACUGCCGCAGGUCAGAGAGUGACUCCCCUGCCAGCACCAGCCCCAGCCCUGAGGACAACCAGGCUUUCAAAUUCAACUCCACCACGGUGGAUGGGCAAUGCCUGCAGAUCAGCCCCAGGCCUGGGACUCACCCCCUCCUGGUGCUUGUGAACCCCAAGAGUGGAGGAAGGCAAGGGGAGAGGGUCCUCCGGAAAUUCCACUACCUGCUCAACCCACGCCAAGUGUACAACCUGGAUCGGGGUGGGCCUGCCCCAGGGCUGAGCUUCUUCCCGGGCACUCCGGAUUUCCGUGUCCUGGCCUGUGGAGGGGAUGGCACAGUGGGCUGGAUCCUGGACUGCAUAGACAAGGCAAACCUGGUGAAGCACCCGCCGGUGGCUGUUCUGCCCCUGGGAACUGGCAACGACCUGGCCCGGUGCCUGCGCUGGGGAGGAGGCUAUGAAGGAGGCAACCUGAUGAAGGUCCUGAAGGACAUUGAGCACAGCACGGAGGUGAUGCUGGACCGCUGGCACAUCGACGUCAUUCCCAGUGACAGGGAGACCAACGGGGACCCUGUUCCAUCUACCAUCAUCAACAACUACUUCUCCAUCGGGGUGGAUGCCUCCAUCGCCCACCGCUUCCAUGUCAUGAGAGAAAAGCACCCUGAGAAGUUCAACAGCAGGAUGAAGAACAAGCUCUGGUACUUUGAAUUUGGGACAUCAGAGACCUUUGCAGCCACUUGCAAGAAGCUCCACGACUACGUCGAGGUGGAGUGUGAUGGGACCCUGCUGGACCUGAGCACCACCUCCCUGGAGGGCAUUGCUGUCCUCAACAUCCCCAGCAUGUACGGUGGCUCCAACCUCUGGGGCGAGACCAAGAAGCAGCGCGGUUACAACCGGCUGGGCAAGAAAGUGCCUGAGAAGAUGCCCACCACUGUGGUCACUGAUGCCAAGGAGCUCAAGUUCUGUGUGCAGGACCUCAGCGACCACCUCCUGGAGGUGGUGGGGCUGGAGGGUGCAAUGGAGAUGGGGCAGAUCUACACGGGGCUGAAGAGUGCUGGGAAGAGACUGGCCCAGUGUUCGUCCGUCACCAUCAGGACAUCCAAGCUGCUGCCUAUGCAGGUGGACGGGGAGCCCUGGAUGCAGCCAUCCUGCACCGUCAAAAUUACACACAAAAGCCAAGUGCCAAUGCUGCUGGGCCCCCCCCAGAAGAGCAGCUUCUUUUUCCUGAAGAGGAGAAACCGAACUCGAGACUAA